AUGAGAGGCCUUCAAGUGGACAUGGUCAAGUCUAGGGCCCAAAUAUCUAGCCUAGAAGACGAGAACAAGUCUCUCCUUGAUCGAGUGCCUGUCAAGUCUAAGAAGAAUCUUGCGCCAAAAUGUGUCAAACUUGAUGAAGAUCUCCGUGAAUCAAAUGGGCUCUCUAAUAGACUUCCCCACUCCAAUGCAAAGUUUGAUAGGAUGAUAUCUAUGGGAAAAAGUAAAUGCGAUAAGCAGGAUUUAGGCUACCCAAAUGAACACACCAACACUUCUUACAAGACCGUGUUUCUGAAGGGCAUUACCAACUCAUCAGCACCACAUGGUUGCAUAAGGUCAAAAUUUGUUAUGAAUGAUGUAUAUGAUCAAUUGUAUGUGCAACUCCUCAAGCAACAAGAGAAGGGGCUCUUCUUGAGUGGUCGGGUCAACUCAAGUGAAGAAGGGACGAGAGGCCUUCAAGUGGACUUGGUCAAGUCCAAGGCCCAAAUAUCUAGCCUAGAAGAUGAGAACAAGUCUCACCUUGAUUGA